GGCAAUGAAGAGCCGAGUCAAGUCAAGCAUCGUACAGCUAUAGAUCUGGCUCCAUGUCACCAUUAAAUGUCAACAAAACUCUAGGAGCAUCUCAGAAAAAGAGAGAGAGAGAGAGAGAUGGGGAGGACAGCGAUGACGACGGUGCACCAUUUCAGCCAUGGCCACCCUCUGCAACUAGUCUCUUUCACCCAGGCCCAGCAGCCCAAUCUCAAGACCCAGUGCUGCGGCCCCCCCUUCUCCUCCUGGACUAACCAUGGCCGCUCCUCCGAGCCUCUCUACGCCUGCGAGCACUGCAACUUCUACGUCCACAAGGGCUGCUUGCAGCUUCCCCAGCUCAUCACCCAUCCCUCCCACCCCGCCCACCCCCUCACCCUCCUGCCCGUCUGCCACUACCCCGACGCCACCUUCUCCUGCGACGCCUGCUCCCGAUCUUCCAGCUGCUUCUCCUACAACUGUGCCCACUGCUCCUUCGACCUCCACGUCUACUGCGCCUCCAUGCCCCUCGCCGUCAGCCAUGGCUCCCACCCUCACCGGCUUUCCCUCUCUUUCGCCUGCCCCUACCCUGAAGACGGCGACUUCCAAUGUGAUCUCUGCAGAGGGAAGGGAGGAAGCGCCUGGCUCUACCGCUGCGCCCCUUGUGGCUUCGACGCCCACCUCGACUGCGCUAGACGCAUCGGCCCCGUGACCGGUGUGCCCGCUCAGCCCAUGGGAGCUCCGAGAGCAGUGGCACCCACCCAACCUGUCCGACCAUACUCACCGGCGCCCAAUUACCAGGUCGGCCCAAGACCACCCGUCCAUCCCCUCCGACCAUCUGCCGGCCAGCCAUAUGCAGUUGCACAGGCUCCAAGACUAACCGGAACAGGUCUUCCGCCACAGUUCAGGCCGGUAGGUUUGAGACCGGUGAUGCCUGGUCGGCCACAGGCAGCGCAGGCUCAACCAAUGGCUUGGAACCAACCAGCCACCCAGCCGACCGUGGAGGCGUCUCUGCAACUUAACUUUGGGGAUGGCGGUGACCAAAGCGGGGGACAAGGGGAUGGAGGGCAGAACGGUACUUCUGGAGAUCAAAGUCAAGAUGGUUAUUCUGAUAAUGGAGGAGCAAAUGCAGGGAAUUGCGAUUCAGGGAGUCAAGGGGUGGACUACGCCGGUGACGGAGGAGCGGAGUAUUGUAGUUACGAAGCUUCGGCUGGCGAAGCCUACUUUAUUAAUAGCGAUGAAGGACAGAAUUUUGUUGGGUGUGAGGUGGAGUGUGAUGAUUUUGUGUGUGACGAUUGAAGGUGGGAUUUGUGAUUGAAGAGCCUUUUUUUUUUUUCUGGGUUGCAGUAUGGUGAUCUUGAGGUGAAUGUAUGGUUGGUCAAAUUAAUUAUUUGCAGUUUCUGAAUGCCUGUGUGGAUAUUGUAAAUAGUUGGGUCUGCUCUUGAGAAAAGUAAUCAAGAUUAUGCUUUUGAAUGGCUAUGUACUCAAUAGU